AUGUUAUGUGGCUGCAUUUAUGGUACUGCAGAUAGUAGUUUAUAUUACUGUGAAAAUAUGGUCAAAUCAUUGAAGCAUGCAUCAAAUUUAGUAAACAGCAAGAAAUUCAUUUUAUACAAGAAAUAUAUUUUUAUAAAGAUAGUCAGUAAAACAUUUGACAAUAAUAUUCCAGUUGACAUUAUAUUUCUAGAUUUUGCUGAGGCAUUCGAUACUGUACUGCAUGAAAUAUUGUGUAUUAAGUUAGCUGGGUAUGGUACUAUUGGUGAUUUAUUGAACUGGUGCAAAGCUUUUCUAAAAAAUCGUUUGCAAAGAGUAGUACUUAGAGAAAAUAUAUUUCAAUAA